UUCCUUUUUCCUUUUUUUGGCUGCUAUUUCCAGGGAAUCAUCACACCUUUUCCUUUUUAAUCAUCUUGAGGUCUUGUGUUAUAUAUUUUGUUGUUUUAUUGUGUUCGUAAGUCAUUUUUAACGGAUUUUAUUUUCUUUUACGAUUUUAAAAGUCCUUGUAGUGAUCAUGCAAGGCUGAAGCGAAAAGAAAUGAGAUGAAAGAUCUAAUCAAGUUCUUGAAAAGAGUGAUGCAACAACAAGGUGCUGCAGAAGUCAAGAUUGUGUGAUACGAUCAAGUAGUUAGAUGUGUGUGGUGCCACGAGUACCAGGCGUGUGUGUGUGUGUGUGUGUGUGUGUGUGUGUGUGUGUGUGUGUGUGUGUGUGUGUGUGUGUGUGUGUGAGGCUCGUAUAUGACUGUCCCAUCACUAAUGCAAUACUUAAACAAACACACUUACCAAGAUAAAAAGAAAAAAAAAUCGCUAUCACAACAAAUCAAUCACUGAACACAUUAAUUCCAGCCACCGAGGACCGAUCUUACCAUUUGACGAUCGUUAUCUUCUUUUUAUCUUCACUGACAUCUUACGUUUUACCUUGAAUGAUGAAGUGCAACCUGUGCAUGAUAUAAUGAGUGAGCCUGUCUGGAGAGCGUACCCAAAGCCAGUGACCGCCAGCCUGGGCAUUGCAGUGGACGCCUUAGAAGAGUAGCAGUGAGUGUGUUGCAGCCGUGACAAACCAACAUGCGAGCACUGGAGUGAGUCUGAAGGGAACGUUUAGAGUUUGAGCCAUAAGAAACAAUCUGAACCUCACCAUGGAGUCCUCCGGGAGAGACAAUUAUGGUUUUAAUGCUGAAGAGAAACACGGGGCAGCGACACGGGAGAAGUUGAAGGCGGAAAGGAAGGAGAAGAAAAGGAAGUGCAAGGAGAAGUGGACGUGCUGCCAGAUUACCUUACUAGUGCUCUCUCUCCUGACGGUGGCGGUGUCUGUGGCUCUCCUCAUCGCCUUCCCAGCAAUGUUCAAUGCCAUCCUCAGUGCUAAAAUGGAGGUGGUGGAAGGGUCGUACUCCUACCAGCUGUGGCACAACACGCCCGUGCCAAUCUUCCUGCGCUUCUACAUCUACAACCUGACCAACUCGAAGGACUUCUCGGCGGGGGCUAAGGCGGUGCUGCAGGAGGUUGGGCCCUACGUGUACCGGGAAUACCACAAGAAGAAGAACAUCAGCUUCCACGACAACAACACCGUGACCUUCUACCAGCAGCGGUGGUGGACGUGGGACCAGGAAGCGUCAGGCAACCUCACGCAGGAAGAUAAAGUUGUCAUUCUGAAUACCGUCCCUGUGGCAGCAGCGUGGACUUUGUAUAGGAACCAACCCUUCAUUCUUGGCCUCCUCAACACCUUCUUCAAUCUGGUGCACGAGGAUCUCAUUGUCACUACCACCGUCGGGAAGGUUUUGUUCGACGGCUUCACGGACCCCUUACUGACCGCCACGCAUUUGGGUGACGACAGCUCCUUCCCGUCCUUCCUCCCGCCUGGUCUGAGUGCCUAUGACAAGUUCGCUUGGUUCUACAAGGUGAGUGACGUAGAUAGAUAGAUAGAUGGAUAAGUAGAUAGAUAGAUAACAGAG